UUUGUUUCAUCUUCUUCCCUAAUCGGUCUCCCUUCUUCUGUACUUCAUCAUCAUCAUCAUCAUCAUCAUCAUCAUCGUCAUCAUCAUCAUCAUGGGAGGAGGGUGUUGCAUGACAUCGAGCGAGGACGGGGGAAUGAGCCCGAUGACAGGUUUUGUGUUAGCGUUGGUUUUGGCUCUGUCUCUGUUGGCUGUCUGUUCUUCCCACGAACGCCGUGUCUCCGUUCGCAUGGUCCGCUGCCGCUGAUCCCUAAACCCUAAAAUCCUUUAUUAUUAUAAAUGUUAUAUAUCUGUCGGUCCAUAUUUACGUAUCAACCCUUGUUAUCUUCGUCUAUGUUUGUUGGCCAUUGCAGGUGAAUAAGGACCUUACCUUAAUUUAUUACCAUUCCUAUUUUCUUUCUGA